ACACGGAGCAUCGCGGUAAACAAACACAACGUGCCGAUUUUAAUUUGGACAUCUUCUAAUUAAAAGCUGACAACUCCCUAGAAACCGAAAAGUAACGUUUAUUUUGUUUCGCAAUACGAGCAGAUUAAUUGGGGCAAUUGUCCAGUAGCUCAUUGUUAUUAUUCAUCGUAAUGUAUAAACUUUGUCAUCCCCACAUCGUUUGUUUCUGAGGGGAUGCUGCAUGUUCUCCGCGGAUCACACCUGAAAAGCCCCAACUGUGUAACAUGGCUUCGUCUCCGCUCACUGUACUCCACACAAUCUCCUUCUCUUCAGGGGGAGGACAGCACCCAGACCCGCAUGAACCCCCUUAACAUCCAAAUGCUCUCGAAAAACCUGCACGAACAGAUCUUCCGAGGUGUGGAGCCAGAAUACAAGCAGGAGGAUGUGGACCGCAGUAUUCAGCACUUAAAAAAGCACAAAUUAUGGGGCAAGGAGACUUCUCUGUUGCCAGAUGUGGAGCUCAAACUUCCCCGGAUGUAUGGUGACAAUAUUGAUGAGCACUUUCGUAUUCUCGCCAAAACGCAGAGUCUCCCUUACCUGGAGGGAGCUAUUAAACUGCAGUAUGCCGAGCUCCCUCCUAUGCCAAAGGAGUGGGCCUGGGCAGUGGGCUGGACGUGCUAUAAAACAAAUGGGGAAAGCAUAAAAGUGGAUUUCCCAGAUGAAUCCGCUUUGGUUUUUGAUGUGGAGGUUUGCACAACAGAGGGUCAGUGUCCGACUCUGGCUGUGGCUGUGUCUCCAACCAACUGGUAUUCCUGGUGCAGUAAACGUCUGAUUGAAGAACGCUACUCUUGGUCAAAUCAGCUCACAUUAGCAGACCUUAUCCCACUGGAAACUUCCAUCAACUCAGCUCGACCUCCUGGGGGACAGUGGAAGGAGAGGCUGGUGGUGGGGCACAAUGUCAGUUUUGACCGAUCUUUUAUUAAGGAGCAGUAUUUACUAAAGGGCUCUAAGGUGCGAUUCAUGGACACGAUGAGCCUCCACAUGGCGAUAUCUGGACUGACUGGAUUCCAGAGAACUCUUUGGAUGGCCAAUAAACUGGGCAAACGAAGAGGCCUUCAGGAAGUUAAGCAACAUAUCAAGAAAACUGGGCAGAAAAGAAACGGCCCGAUGAUUGGCUCAUGGGAUUGGGUGAAUAUUAGCAGCAUCAAUAAUCUGGCAGAUGUCCAUGCUCUUUACGUGGGAGGGCCUCCACUACAAAAAGAGGCAAGAGACAUUUUCGUGAAGGGAAGCAUGAGUGACGUGAGAAGCAACUUUCAGGAAUUGAUGCAGUACUGCGCCCUCGAUGUACAAGCAACUCGGCAAGUCUUCACUGAGCAGUUACCACUAUUUAUGGAAAGAUGUCCACAUCCAGUGACCUUAGCUGGGAUGUUGGAGAUGGGCGUGAGCUAUCUACCUGUCAAUCAAAACUGGGGGCGGUACCUGGAGGACUCUGACGACACGUACGAAGAGCUCCAGAGGGAGAUGAAGAAGUCCUUGAUGAUGUUAGCCGAUGACGCGUGCCAGCUCCUGCAAGAUGGAAGAUACAAGGAAGACCCGUGGCUUUGGGAUCUGGAAUGGGAUGUCCAGGAAUUCAAACAGAAGAAAGCAACAACUAAAAAGAAACAGGCCAAAAAUGCAACUCCAGCUGCUCCUGUUACAAACUGGGAUGAUGAUGAAGGUCCACCGCCUGAAGAAGAGGAGGACUGUGUGAAUCCGUGUAGACAAGCUUUAGAAACAUUAAAGGCAACAGUCGAUCGCCUUCCCAAGAGGAGACAGCAUUUACCAGGACAUCCAGGGUGGUAUCGGAAGCUGUGUGAAAAGAUGUCUGUGAGUGACUGGUCUCCCGGGGCCAGUCUGAUCAGUCUCCAAAUGAGAGUGACUCCAAAACUUAUGGGCCUGACCUGGGACGGCUUCCCUCUGCACCACACGGAGAAACACGGCUGGGGCUACUUGGUGCCCGGGAGAAAGGAUAACCUGAGACCAUCUGAAGAUCAUUCUGAAGACAAUACAGAAGAGAACACAGAAGCCAUAUGCCCACACCGAGCAAUUGAAAAGGUGUACAAUGAUUAUCUUGAACGCAACAAAAAAGAAAAGCCAGUACUGGAGUCCAUCCCUGAAGAUCUCAUAUUCACAGACACAUCAGUUUGGGCAAAGGUGGAGGAAAUCAGCUCUCUUGAACGACUGACAGAGGAAAAUGGAAUAAAGAAUGUUCCAGAAAGGAUGAAAGGCAAAUUAAAUGGAAAGGUACAUGACGUCUUAGAGAACAGUCAGUGCCACUAUCACACUGGAAAUGGCCCCUACAACGAUGUAGACAUCCCUGGUUGUUGGUUUUUUAAAUUGCCUCAUAAGGAUGGUAAUCAUAACAAUGUUGGAAGCCCCUUUGCCAAAGACUUUUUGCCAAAGAUGGAAGAUGGAACUCUGAGGGCUGAAAGUGGAGGGACUAAUGCGACUCGAGCGCUGGAGAUCAAUAAAAUGAUGUCCUUUUGGAGGAACGCACAUAAACGCAUAAGCUCUCAGAUGGUUGUGUGGCUGAGGAAAGGAGAGCUGCCUCGCAAUGUCAGCAGACACAAAGACUUUGAUGAUGAAGGUCUGUAUGGAGCCAUUUUACCUCAGGUCAUCACAGCUGGAACAGUGACACGCAGAGCCGUGGAGCCAACAUGGCUGACUGCCAGUAAUGCUAGAAGGGACCGUGUGGGCAGUGAGCUGAAGGCUAUGGUCCAGGUUCCUCCCGGGUACCACCUGGUCGGAGCUGAUGUGGACUCUCAGGAGCUGUGGAUCGCUGCUGUGCUCGGAGAAGCGCACUUUGCAGGAAUGCACGGUUCUACUGCGUUUGGCUGGAUGACCCUCCAGGGCAAAAAGAGUCAGAGCACAGACCUGCACAGCCGCACUGCUGAAGCUGUGGGCAUCAGCCGAGAACACGCCAAAGUCUUUAACUACGGGCGCAUCUAUGGAGCAGGGCAGCCCUUCGCAGAGAGACUCCUCAUGCAAUUCAACCACCGGCUCGGACAAACAGAAGCUGCCAGCAAGGCCAGGCAGAUGUACGCCCUCACCAAAGGAAUACGCCGGUACCAUUUAUCAGAAGAAGGAGAAUGGGUGGUGAAGGAGCUGGACAUAACAGUGGAGAGGGAGGAAGAUGGAAGUGUGUCUUUGCCUGAGCUGCGCAGGAUCAGCAGACUGGCCUCACAGCUGUCCAGGCGUAAAAAAUGGGACAUAGUCGGCCAUCGUGUUUGGUUUGGAGGAACAGAGUCAGACAUGUUCAACAAACUGGAGAGUAUCGCACACUCCUCUCUGCCAGCCACUCCAGUCCUGGGCUGCAGAAUCAGCAGAGCUCUGGAGCCGAGGGCCGUUAAAGACGAGUUUAUCACGAGCAGAGUGAACUGGGUGGUGCAGAGUUCAGCUUUUUGCGCACCCUCGAGUUGGCGCUCGCUUUAG